GCUCAUUGGCUUUCCGAGGCACGCUUAGCAGAAAAAAGAACUGGUCGCUGCAGCGGAGAGUCAAAGAUCGUCACCUUAGCAGUGUUUUUUCAGAUCAAUGAAUGUCCGCCGAUGCUCGUCGUCCCAACGAUCCCAGUGAUUUUUUUCUACGCUCCGCAUUUCCCUCUGGGAUCUAUUUUACGUACACUUUUCCAUAAACUCUCUCCCUCAGCGACAUCAUGACUUUACGGACCAUAUCGACCUAUCCUUUGUGAUUCAACAUUUCCCUUAAAACAAUAUGAUUUUUCGUAUUUAACACUUAUCUCUCACGACCUCCACCUCCCCUUCGCGUCACUUCCCGUGAUAAAUGGUUGUGCUUCAUUUGCUCUCUCUGUCUCUCCAAGAGUUGUAAAGCUAAAGCAUGGCAAGCGGAGGCGCCCACACGGGCGUGGUCGAGGCCUUCGAGCGCAACCAUGAAGCGACAAUUUACGUGGGCAACAUCGACGCCAAAAUUGAUGAGGACGUAUUGUGGGAACUUUUCCUGCAAGUAGGGCCCCUGCAGUCGGUGCACACACCAAAGGAUAAAAUCACCGGAGUGCAUCUAGGGUACUAUUAAGUGGCCGCAGUUGACGAGACACAAUUUUCUCAGCAGUACAAAUAGUGGCAUCUGGCGGGUCUGCAUAUGAUUCUCACUUUUUUUCAAAUCCUUUCACCACAGGUACGCCUUCGUCGAGUUCAAAAACGAGGAUGAUGCGGAAUACGCUUGUAAGGUGAUGAACAUGGUCAAGCUGUUUAACAAGCCAAUAAGAUGCACCAAAUCCAGCGCAGACCGAAAAACCCAAGAUGUGGGCGCAAAUUUGUUCAUCGGGAACCUCGAUAUUGACUGCGAGGACAAGACACUGUAUCUACUUACCUCACAUUUCAGUUUUACUACCUCUUUUCACAGCACGAAGCCGUUGCAUCAUGAUGAGUAGACUCCUCCUGCCUGCUGCUGCUAUUGUGGCUGGACGCUAAAGCUCUCCCAGAGUGGGAGAAGUGCGCCCUUUUCGACGUGUCUCGAAUACUUAUCAGAAUAAAUAAAAUGAAAAUGAAAAACCUUCACCAGGUACGACACCUUUGCUUCCUUCGGGCACAUAGUAUUCGCGAAGAUUAUGCGAAACCCGGACCCACCAUACGAAAGCCGAGGGUUCGCCUUCGUCUCGUUCGACAGUUUCGAUUCCAGCGAUGCCGCCAUGGCCGCUAUGAACGGACAAUUUUUGGCCAACAGCCCAAUCAAUGUGUCUUACGCAUACAAGAAGGACACUCGCGGAGAACGGCACGGUGACGCAGCGGAGCGAUUGAUUGCCGCCUACAAGCCGCAACAAAUCGCAUCACAGUACCUACCCGCACCGGAGACCCUUGGUACUGAAAUUGAUUCGAAGAGCCGCGGCUUUUUCAUCUGCAAUCGCUUACUUAUGUUCGAUGAAUAAAGUAUAAUUACACGACAAAUAAAGGUUAAGGUACUGCAACUUCUACAGUCGUGACGAAGAUGAUGUAAAUUUUGAUUUGAAAGAAACGUGGUUUCAUUUUUCAUAGACUGUAAUUCUAAACCAACUCCAAAACAGCAUCUGGCCAGGGUUUGGCGAUUCCCAAUGGUCCAGCACCUAUGAUCCGCGGAGGAGUCGCACCCGGCGUUGAAAUGCCCGGAGCCGGGAAGGGCACAGGCCUCGGUACCGUCGCCGGAGCGCCACCACCGUUCCCGGGCACGAGCAAAAAUGGCGGCAUGGGCAACGGUGGAAAACAGUGGGGCAAGGGAUGGUGAAGGAGCUACGUAUAAUAAGUACAUCAUCGCGAGCGCCGGCGCCGCACUUUCACUGUGAACAAUGACAAGACUCCCCAAUGAACUUUCGAGCGGCAUACGUAUCACGCAGAAGUAUCAACAACCUCAACCGAAAAGCAAGAGGGUAGCGAGAGCUAAUCUAUAUACCCGGCAC